AUGAUGGCAGGUUUUGAGCAAGAUGAUUGCCGGAAAGACUGGUGCCAGGAAGAGAUAGUCCAGGGCAAGUUCAUCUUGGUGUUCAGCUGCCUGGUCCUUUCUGUCUUCACAACCAUCCCCAAUCAUAAGGACUUCUCCUCAAGCUGCCUGCUAAUUCUGGAAUGUGUAAUGAUUGUGGUGUUCGGUUUGGAGUACAUCAUCCGCAUCUGGUCAGCAGGAUGUUGCUGCCGCUACAGAGGAUGGCAGGGUCGGCUGCGUUUUGCAAGGAAGCCCUUCUGCGUCAUAGACAUCAUAGUGCUGAUAGCAUCAGUGGCGGUGGUAUCAGCAGGUAGCCAGAGCAACAUGUUUGCCACCUCAGUCCUGCGGAGCCUGCGCUUCCUGCAGAUCCUUCGGAUGGUCCGGAUGGACCGAAGAGGCGGCACCUGGAAGCUGCUGGGUUCCGUGGUGUAUGCCCACAGCAAGGAGCUGGUAACUGCUUGGUACAUCGGCUUGUUGGUUCUGAUAUUCUCUUCAUUCCUCGUCUACCUUGUGGAGAACAAGUCCAACGACCAGUUUACUACCUAUGCUGAUGCUUUGUGGUGGGGCACGAUCACCCUGACAACUAUUGGCUAUGGAGACAAGACACCAAAGACCUGGACAGGAAGGCUGCUGUCUGCGGUGUUUGCCCUCCUGGGCAUCUCUUUCUUUGCCUUGCCUGCAGGUAUUUUGGGCUCAGGCUUUGCUCUGAAGGUGCAGGAGCAGCACAGACAGAAGCAUUUUGAGAAGAGGAGGAACCCUGCAGCCUACCUCAUUCAGGCUGCGUGGCGUUAUUACUCCACCGACAGCAUAAGGCCCUACCUGGAUGCCACAUGGCAGCACUAUGAGAGCCUCCUGCCACUCCACAGGAAGGAGCAGGGAGAGUCAACAACCAGUAAAAUUCAUAGUAAUAAGCAGAAGCUACUGAGGAGAUGUACGACUUGGAAACAUAGCCAGAAGUUGAGCUUCAAGGAGCGUGUGAGGAUGGCAAGCCCCCGCGGACAGACUAUCAAGAACCGCCAGAGCUCCUCAGUGAACGAUCGCCGCUCUCCGGUGGCCGACAGUGGCACAGAGGGCACCAGUCCUGCCAAAGUGCAAAAGAGCUGGAGCUUCAAUGACCGCACCCGCUUCAGGCCCUCGCUGCGGCUCAAGAGCCAGUCCCGCUCCACCACUGAUGCAGCGGACUCCGCUGUUGCCGGGGAAGAUGCCUUCGAUGAAAAGGGCUGUCACUGUGAGAUCUCCGUGGAAGACUUGAUGCCAUCCGUUAAGACUGUCAUCCGAGCCGUCAGGAUAAUGAAGUUCCAUGUUGCGAAGAAGAAGUUUAAGGAGACUCUCCGUCCAUAUGAUGUGAAGGAUGUAAUCGAGCAGUACUCUGCCGGUCACCUGGACAUGCUGUGUCGCAUUAAGAAUUUGCAGAGCAGGGUGGACCAAAUCCUUGGUAAGGGACAGGUCCCUUUGGAUAAGAAGAUAAGAGAGAAGCUGCUGUCUGAUGCAGAUAUAUCAGAGGACAUGAGUAUGCUGGGCCGUGUCUGUAAGGUGGAGAGGCAGGUACAGUCAAUUGAGUCAAAGUUAGACUCUCUGUUGGACAUUUACCGUCAGGUACUACGAAAAGGCUCCUCUUCUGCUCUCACUCUCUCCUCACUGCCGCUGUUUGAGCUGGAACAGACCUCAGACUACAACUCUUCAGUCUUCAGUAAGGAUCUCUCCAGCUCCGCCCAGCUCAGCUACGGCAGUGCGCCUCACCCAACUGGCUUCGCCACACGAUCGUCAACCAACUCCCAGCUUUCCCAGGGAGGACUCCACCUUAUUCUGGCUCCUCAGAGCGAGCUUAACCUGAAUCUCCGUGCCUCGUCGUCCACACCCCCCUCUGGCCACACAUCUUCCCCUUUCAGCCCGUCACCGCUGCCCCAUCAUCAUCACCAUUUGCAACAUCAUAAACAGGUUCAGGCCACAUCACCUGAAAGUGGCACUGAUGAGAAUGUUGGCAACUCCUCUACUGUCCUGACCCCGAACAGUACAAGCAGUUCUGGAGGCCAAGGAAUAGAGGAUGAAGGCUUCCCUCUGUUAGCGAAGCUUCCACCGCCCCCUUCCAGACAAAGCGCUGGCUCUGGGAAAUUUGCGCGAACAACCUCUACUGAGGCUUCUCCUGAAAUAAGAAGCUUUUGCAGAGGUCUACAGAGCCACACUGAGGACAGCUGUAUUAGGGAGGACCUUGGACUUCAGUUUGGGUUGGGCGCAUUAGGGGAUCAGUUACAAGGGAGUACCAAUGGUAAUGGCAGGCCCAAUGCUAAGGAGGAUGGCUCCUGGCGGAGACAUAUGAGUCUUGAGCUUGAGCCCCUCGUGCCACCUGCUCCAGCUUGCUGCUCUAGGACCAUCCAUAUGGACCAAGGGAUGGGCAAAUCUAUGUCAGUGCAGGACUUGGUGCAGGUAGGUCCUGUUAAUGAUGCACACCAAAGCCACAGCCUAUCAUCUCCAAGCCCAAGUACAAGCAGUGACUCUCCAGCAGGCUUCAGCAGCUGUCGCCAUGACCCUGCGGAAGGGAGUGGGAGUGCAAGACGGGGAGGUCAAGGUUGUUGGGGUGAGGAGGACCUGUUUAUCAGUGACAGGGACAUGGAGCCACCGGGGUUUGACUUUUUGUCACAGGGGACAUCUGAGACUCCAAUGAUCUCUCCGGAGCGCCUGAGGACAGCUGAUAGAGGGGCAGGGACCCAAGGCUCUAACUUGGUUGAUGGUUCCCAACCGCCGCACUCGGCUAGCAACGCCAAACCAUUGAACAUGCCACACGUACGGCUAAAAUAGACCCAAAAAAUGUUAAAAAUCCGCAACAAACUCACCUCAGCGACCGUUUUUAUUUUUUAUGAAGGGAGGUGGGUGGGUUGGGAUUUUCACAUGGGCUCUUGUCCUCUUUUGUUUAUUUUUACCUUGAUCCGUUUUAUAAGAUUAACAUUUUUUUUUUCAUACAGGCAGAUCUUUUUGGCAUGAGUUACUCUGUGUUUUAGUGUAUGCUUAAUGAAUCUGAGAUAAAAGAGGAAGGCUAAAAAAUGAGGAGAUAAUGUUUGUGUUCUACUAAGUAAUGCCUGGGUCAGUGUUAGACCUUGCUAUAUAGCAUGAACUGCAUGUUUCCAGUCAAAUGCACAGAUAUGAAAUGA